CUUUAAUACAUUUGUGUCAAAUCAUUUGUAAUUUCAAAAUUCCCCGUAUUUCAGUAUUCGCUAACAAAGAUGUCCCUCAUAAAUAAUGCCAAAGGACCUCCUACAUGUUAAAAAUGCGUCUGAUGAAGAAAUUCUAUUAGAAAAAGGUUAUAGACUUUUUAAAAAAAUCGGAGAAGGAUCGUAUGCACCCGUUUAUUUGACUGAAUACAUAGGCAAAGGUACAACAGAACCUAAGAAACUAGCCUGUAAGGUAAUAGAUCUAAAAAAGGCUCCAAAAGAUUUCGUAAAGAAGUUUUUGCCCAGAGAACUGGAGGUAUUAUCAUUGGUGAAUCAUCCGCAUAUAAUCCAUAUACAAAGCAUUUUUCAAAGAAAAUACAGAUAUUAUGUUUUCAUGUCCAUAGCAGAUAGAGGCGAUCUGCUGGACUAUCUUCUGGUCAAUGGCGCACUCAACGAAAACAGGGCCAGAGUUUGGUUUAGGCAAUUAGCGUUAGCCUUGCAAUAUCUUCACGAAAUGGGAAUAGCCCACAGAGAUUUAAAAUGCGAGAAUUGCCUUAUAUCUUCAAAUAACAAUCUUAAAUUAGCAGAUUUUGGUUUCGCUAGGUUCGUAAUAAACGAAGACGGUAAAAACAUGGCUAGUUCAACUUACUGCGGUUCCUUAAAUUACGCAGCCCCAGAAGUACUAAAAGGUUCUCCUUACUACCCAAAGAUCUCAGAUUGUUGGUCUCUGGGUGUUAUACUCUACGCUAUGUUAAACAAAUCAAUGCCAUUCGAGAAUAAGAACGUAAAGGAGCUAAUUGGUCAACAGAUGAACAAAUCGUGGAAAUGGAGAUCCAAAUUUGUAGAUAUAUUAAGCGAACAAGUUAAAUCGGUAGUUAGACAAUUACUGGAACCGAAUUCGCAACUGAGAAUGAAUAUUGGUGAGGUAAUGGAUUCAGAAUGGAUGAAAAUGGAUCCAAGGUUGAGAGAAAUGACGCCGGACGAAGAAAGAUGUCUGUUGAAAGGCAGGGAAGAACAAAUAAGGUAUAUCGAUAAACUGAGGAGGUCUGGAAAAGCAGGAAUCGGUUCACCAAAUUUAACAUCAAGCAAAUUAAAGGAGAUAAAGGUUACUAAUAAUUCGGGUGAAAAUUUAAAGAAAGGAAGAUCCCAAAAGAUGUUUGAAAACGAUGGAACAGAUAGUAUGAGAAGUAGUUUAAGAAAAUAAAUAACGUUAGAUUUAUUUAUACACUGUGUUCAUCUAAAAACGAUUCAUGGUUAAUAAUAAUAUGCUUGUUAUUACGAGGUAAAUGCUUUUUGAUUCGGUUUUUAUGACUGGUAAUUCAACUUUUUUCUUAUUAGACCUAUUUCUUGUUUUCUCAGAGAUUUUCUAUAAAAUAUAAAAUGAAAGAUAUAUAAACUUAAGCCUAGGUUCUUUACAAAAAAAUUAGUCAAGCUACAAACGAUAAGCUACAGAUGACAGGCUACAAAAACAAGUUGAAAACAAGAAAAAUAUCGGUCAGAUUGGUGGCGAUAUUAGUUAAAAAAAAUUGUUGACAAAAGUCAUAAAUAAUGUUCUUGAGGAAGUUUUUAACACUUAAAUAAUUGGUAGAUCAACUCGUUCCGUUGCAUACAUAUCAUGCAUCGUUUUUUCUAAAUUUAAUAAAUCAGUUUUUUUAUAUCAUGCCACUUGUCACAAUUAUGAAGAGCCUCCUGAUCUUAUGCAACAUACCUCUGAAUAUUUAUUAUAGAAUAAUCCUAUAAAUAGAUUUAAAUAUACCAACAAUCAACAAGCGUAUGAAUUCACAAAUUGGUCUUAAAAUAAAACUGAAUUACCUGUGAUAUUCAAAGUUAGUAUUUUAGUUCAAAUUUUAAUAUGCUUCUAUUUUCUAAUAAAAUGAACUUUAAACUUUGGAGACAUAAGUUAUUACUGUCACAUGUCAAAAUGCAUAUAACCGACACAUUUUAAAUAUUUUUAAAUAAGUAGCACAAAAUUUGAUUUUACAGUUAUAAUACAAUGCCAAGUUAUUGCUAGAUUGAAGCACUUACUUUUAUGAAUUAAAGUACGUUUUCAUAAAAAUAAAUAAACUGGAGAACUUUAUAUUGUCCAAAAUAGACAUAAAUACGAAUUAUUUUCUCGCAAUUGUAACUUAAUAUAAUGCAAUUGUGAACCUGUACUCGUACAUCCAUACAUAGGAAAGCACCAUAAUAUCGUCUAAAAAAAUGACACUCCCGCUAAUAAAUUUUUUUAUUUAUUAUCCUUAUAUAAAAAUUAAAAACAUAACAAUAGUCAUUUUUUGUAAAUGUAAUGUAAAUUGUAAUAAAAAUACAAUUUAUAACAAAAAUUAGGACCUGCUUUGGAAACGCGGGACCGAUGCAAGCGACAGCGACCAGCAUCAAGGCAGCAAACAGUACCGUGUUAAAAGUGUUGUCGCAUCUUUUGCAUCGGUCUCGCUGUCCCAAAUGUGCUUCAUUUAAAUACAUGUUAUUUAGACGUAAGAGACACAUUUCGGUCGCCUCAUGCGGUCGCUUGCCUCUGUCUCCUGUCUCGGUCUCGCGUUCUAGUUCUAGAAUGGUACCUUGAAAAAAUUUAUUGAAAAAAAUCUAAUUUAAAAAUUAGAAACCAAGUCAAAUUUAAAGCACUUUUCUUGAUUUCUAAGGCUCGUAUUUAUAAACAGAUCUCAGCUGAGUCGGACUUGGCUGAGAUCUGUUUAUAAAUACGGGCUUAAAAGAUUAUUAACGAAUUCAUUAUUCAUUUGAAAAUACAUUACUUCUACUGGGAUCGAGUCGGUACUCCACUCCAGCUACUCGAAAGGUAUCUGUAGUUCCCCUACUUAUUACACAUGAGAGAGAAAAAUAUGGUAACGCAUCUUUUCCAAGUCCAUUUUCCGAAGUAGUUCGAAGAAUAUUUCUUCUCUACCUACAAGUACCCUAUAUCUACGAUAAUAUAUUUUUCUUAAUUAAUAGUUUUCUCAUAGUAAACUACUGUCUUUUUAUUAAAAAUCGUAUAGUUCGUUAUAAUGGUGACAUUUUUACCAUUCAAAUACAAAAAAGAAAAUUAGGUUUAGUUAACUUUUGGCUUUCGGUCUGUUGUUUUGAUCUGUAUAGUGUGGUAAAAUACCUACUUAUUUGUCAAUCAUAAUGUAAAAUUGAUAAAACUUAUACUAAAUAAUUAUUUAUUUGUGUAAUAUUAAUUGAGAACUUAA